AUGGGAGAGGGAGAGGCAGUCAGAAUGUCAGAUAGAGAUAGAGAUGGAGGUGAGAGUGGGCCCAGCGUCCACGACCGUGGCUCCUGCCACGCGAAGCCAGGGAAGCCACCUCCUCUAUAUAAGCUGGCCUCGUUCCCUCGCUCAUCACUCAUUCACUCACCAAGAAGUUGAGCACCUAGAGCUUCAGCUCAGCUCAUUCGUUUCUUCCGGCUUCCCAUCCGGGCUUAUCACUAGUGAUCGCUAGCUAGCGAACAAUUCUCUGAAGUUGUCGAGCUGAGCACUAGCUAGCGGCCAUGAUCUCCCCGGACACCAUCCGCACGGCCAUUGGCGUCAUCGGCAAUGGGACUGCUCUGGUGCUCUUCCUCUCCCCAGUUCCGACGUUCAUCCGCAUCUGGAAGAAGGGGUCGGUGGAGCAGUACUCGCCGGUGCCGUACGUGGCAACGCUCCUCAACUGCAUGAUGUGGGUGCUGUACGGCCUACCGCUUGUCCACCCCCACAGCAUGCUCGUCAUCACCAUCAACGGCACCGGCAUGGCCAUCGAGCUCACCUACGUCACGCUCUUCCUUCUCUACUCCACGGGACCCGCUCGCCGCAAGGUCGUCCUCCUCCUCGCCGCCGAGGUCGCCUUCGUCUGCGCCGUCGCCGUUCUAGUGCUCAGCCUGGCGCACACGCACGAGCGCAGGUCCAUGAUCGUCGGCAUCCUCUGCGUCCUCUUCGGCACCGGCAUGUACGCGGCCCCGCUCUCCGUCAUGAAAAUGGUGAUCCAGACGAAGAGCGUGGAGUACAUGCCCCUAUUCCUGUCCCUAGCUUCUCUGGUGAACGGCAUCUGCUGGACUGCCUACGCCCUCAUCAAAUUCGACCUCUACAUCACAAUCCCCAACGGGCUGGGCGUUCUGUUCGCGGUGGCGCAGGUGGUCCUCUACGCCAUCUACUACAAGUCCACCCAGGAGAUCAUCGAGGCGCGCAGGCGCAAGGCAAACCAGGUCGCCAUGACCGAGGUCGUCGUCGACGACGGCAAGACCAACAACAGCCACGCCGGCGCCGGCCUCUACUGACGAAGUCAUCGAUGAUAUAUACCAAGAUUAAGGAAGCGCUCGGCACAAUAUAAUCAAGUAUCAAGUCGCCGCUGGAUGCCUGUAUUGUGUGAUUGUGUUCUUCCCACAAGAGAUGGAGGCCACAUCAUGUUGUUUCCUAACUGCUUGCGCAGCGCUGGACGGAGUCACCGGGCCUCUUAUUAGGUGGGAGUGAUGGGACGACUGAGGUGGGGGAUUUUAGCUAAUUCCACCUUGCCGAUAGGGUUUAGCUUAAUCUCGAUGUGUAGCGGCACUUAUUAAUGGUCUCUUGUCUCAAAUUUGUAUUGAUCACGAAAAUCUGUCGUCACACAUGCACAAAAGCAUGCUCAUGAAUCACGACCUGUGAUAGGGCUGAAUUAUUUGUUCGGUCAUCCGAAGACCUUUGCGCGUCA